CUCCGCGUAAAAUACACGCUUUUUAUGUUGCAACCAUUUUCCCAUGUGCUAAAACUUUUUUUAACAGUGCCGUGACAGACUAUAUGUACAUUUUAUAUUGUAUGUUAUAUAUUGAUACAUUUUAGCAGUGUUCGAAAAUGGGCAUUAUUGAUGUACCGAGUUUGAGAUUGUAGGCUAACACAGGCGUACGGACUCCUGUGACAAGCAAGUCACAUAAUGUUUUCCUUAUGCCGGCGAUACAAAGAUGAACACGAACAUGGUGGAACACAAAUCAAAGGCGGUUAUAUGCUACGGUACAAACGGAAAUACUUGUGGAACACGUGGACGGAGGAGUGGGUGGUGCUGUACGACGACUCUACGAUGGCCUGGUUCAAGGACGCAUCGGGGAAAUGCAUGGCAACCCAAAAGCACCUGGUGAAGGAGUGCCCCGAGAUGCUGGCCAUCUCGAGCUGGACUGGGCAGGUUCCCAAGCGGCCGCCGCUCCCACCAGGCGCGCGGCUGACACAGCUCAUGGCCCUCGGAUCACGGAGAAACCCCGGCAGUGUCGUGUGGAUGCUGGCCAAGUCGGACGCAGAAAUGAAAGAAUGGAUGGCUGCAAUUACAAAAACGCUUCCUCCACCUCCUCACAUCGAGCUGGUGAUGUCGAUGCCGUAUCUUCGAACCGCCUUCAAAAAACCAACAGUCAGAGUGCGACCAACGACAUCAUCGGAAAUGUAUGCGCGUUCAUCUUACAACACGGUCGGCGCUUUGGACGGGCGUGGUCUGGUGGCAGUCAUCAAGCGGCAGGUCCCGCUGGCGGGGCAACUUGACCACGAACUAUCCUGGGGACAGGGCUGGGGGUGGGUCACUCUACCUAACGGCGUGUGGAGCGGACGUCUGACAUGGUCACAAGAUGGCGAUGAUUUUGCGCUUCAUGCAAUGCCGAUAAUGCACCACACCAACGUUUCCCAAGCAUGCUCAAUGCUCGACGGCGUCACAGCCUACGAAGCAUCAGCAUACGAACAAGCACUCGCUGAAUACGACGACACUGCCACUGGUACUUCCGACGACUGGGACUUCGGAGUUGAUUGCGGAGAUUUCAUGAUGUAACUUUCCAAUCAAGCUACUGACGGGUUUCAUUUGCUACUCUGUGGAUACUCCAAAGCGAGAUGAAGAAAAUUGAAAUCGCAUUUUUGCAAAUAUUCUGUUUUGGUGAAGGAAUCUUUUGUGAAUAUUGGAUAUUUGGUUCUUCAAGAGAGUCUAUUCAGUAUAAUCUACUGCUGGGAAAUGUACAUGAAAUGAUAACGCAAUUGUGACACUAUUGCUCAAUAUUAGUGAAAAAUGAUCUGUGCUGGUCACGAGUCACGACGGAAUUUUACUAAUGUGCCAAUUAAAAUCUAAUUGCAAGAGGAUAUCUUAUGACUUUUAUAUUUCUGCAUUUUACGAAACAAUAAAUAAUUAUUAAUAGUAUAUCUAGAGUAAUAAUGUUUGGAAUAUAUAAAAUUGGCUCAAAGGGAUAAUGCUUGUACUAGUUGCAUGCUCUUUAGUCGUAACUGUGUUUGUUAUAGGAAAGAUGUGUGUAGCCAUUACAACUUAGUAUUUCGUAAUCUAUAUACUAUGGCCUAUAUAACACGUAGACCAGUUUUCAUAAAGUUAGACAUAGACUUUUAAAAGCACAGAAAUAGUUUCACUAUUGGAUUAUCGAACUAUAUACCUACAGUACUCCUGACUGCUUUUCUUUUGUUGUUAAUUCCUCAUGGGUUUUAUUAAAACCCAUUGCCUAAAGAUCUUGACAACUUUACCCUUUCUAAUAAAUCCGUUUACUUUUUACCCUUUUUAAAUUGUCCAAAGAUUUUUGAGAUAUUUUACUUGUAUCAAUUCAGGGUAUUAUACAAUCGCACAAAAAAUGUGUCAAAAUAUUUUUUUUGUUAGUAACAUUAUAUAGGAAAUAAGUGAAUUCGCUUUGACCCCAAUGACACCAAUAAAUUAACAUGGAAGGUAUUAUUAAACCACAAUAAAGUGAUAGUUUAAUACUAUAUAGAUGUAAGUUGAAUCGAUGUUAGUUUGUAGAAUGUGGUCGGUAGAAUAAUAAAGAAUUACCACUUAUUAAAACGACGGAACUCUUAAAAAUUUCAAGUUGAAAAACUUAUAUUUUGAGCUGAUUAUGAAACGGGUAUUGUGUGGCUAUUGGAAGGAUCUGGGAAGUGGGAAUCUACCCUAUUAUUACCCUAAAAAAAAUUCUUACCAUUACAUGAACAAUGGAAAGGGGUUGCGAACCUCAGCAAUGGGAAAUACGAUGCAAAGAGAGGCUUAUUUUCAUUGGCCAGGUAACGCAUUCUGAGUCUACCCUUUUUGAGGAAUCCCCGCAAACUAGGCAAUGUAUAGUUGGAGGUUGGAAUUUGUCUUGAAAUAUUUUAAGAUGUCUUCGAACAAAUUAAAAUGCAUCCAAACUAUCAAAGGGAAACAUUUUCCGCCAUGUUACUAAGCUAAAAAUAUAUAUUAUUUUAUUUUAUUAUAUUAAAAAAUAUCACGUAUUUGGAUAGCAAUGAUUCACAUAAUAUAUUUUCAAUGGAUUUUGUCCUAAAAAUCCUUAAAUAAUUUGUCCUACACUAUCCAUUCAAAAUAUAUUAGAAAUAUAUUGAACCAAAAAAUAUAUUUCUAGCUCAGAUGUUAAAACAUGGCGGACCUUUGUUAGCUCGGACGUAUUAGAGUCGCAAUUGGUCGGUAUAGUUAAUCAUGGUAUUAGUAAAAUUAUUAUCGAGUACAUAAUUAUACCUAGUCGCUAAAAUCUUCCGACCUACCCAAAGACUGCCUAACGUUAUAUACCUAAUACCUGUGUUGUGUAAAAUCCUAGGCACGAGAACCGCAUAAUGUAACCCUGGUCCUGCGGAGUGUUGCAUUGCAAGAUAUUUUAUGAUCGGAACUAUUAAAUACCUACAUCUUUCCGGAUCCGCUUCCUUCUUUUGUGCGUGAGACAAAUGGUGCAGCAUACAGCUUCUCAAAGCUCACUCCAGAAUUCAAGCAGGCCGCCCAGAUACGUGCAUGCACUUUUAUUUAGCACUUUUGUGCUUUGCAACGAUUUCGCUCACUUUAGAUGAAUAAAGGUUGUGUGAACACAAAACUAUAGUUUUGAACUAAAAGUUGGAUAAAAUAAUUAAGUGCACAAUCUAUUUUAUUGUUUCCUUACUUUUUAAAAAUUAAAAUGAAUUGAAAUUGAAAUUUUAAAAUGAAUUUUAGUAAUUCUACUGGGAUAAAUAAAUUUGAACGCUGAUAGCCUAAUGGCUAAGACUUCAGCCGGGCAGGUACCUACUUCUAACUUUUCGGAAUUAUGUAAUUCGGGUAAAUAUCACUUGCUUUAACGGUGAAACGGUGAAGGAAGACAUCGUGAGGAAAGCUGCAUACCUGAGAGUUCUCCAUAAUGUUCCACUUGGUCAGCAGCUUGGCGGAUUAUGGUUUAAACUUUAACCCUUCUCAUUCUGAAAAAAAAGUGCGAAUUGGACUCGCAUACGAAAG